GUGCGGCCGGGCGGCGGAGGUGCGAGCGGCUGCCCCCGGCGUUGCGGCCUCAGGCGGGCCCCAGCGACCUCGCUCCGGGCGUCAUCAGCCUGACCCGCCAUGGAGAGCCGCUGUCUGCUGCUGACCUGCCUGGCCCUGCUGGCCGUCCGGCCGAGCCGCGGCGAGCAGCCGGAGCCGGUCUCCACCGACAAGCGUGCCGACUGGAAUGACCUGCACGGCAACUGGGGCAAGCGGCAGCCGGCACCGGUAGAGGACGACGCAGACUCGGAUGCGUUACUGCGGGAAGUGGCCACGGGUCUCGUCUUAUCUGGCUAUUCCGCACCGGAGGACAAGCGGCGCUGGAACAACUUUGCCGGAUCCUGGGGAAAACGCGCCUGGAAUAACUUUGACGGCUCGUGGGGCAAGAGGGGAAAGUGGAACAACUUUGGGGGGUCUUGGGGCAAGAGGUCUAAGUGGAAUAGCAUGGGUCCGUCUUGGGGAAAAAGAGCGAAGUGGGACAACUUUGGCGGUUCAUGGGGAAAACGAAACAAUUGGGACAACUUCGAUGGGUCGUGGGGAAAGCGGGCGAAGUGGGACAACCUUGGUGGGUCGUGGGGAAAGAGAGCAAAGUGGGACAACUUCGGUGGGUCCUGGGGAAAACGAACAGACUGGGACAACUUCAAUGGUGCCUGGGGGAAGAGGAAGGGGUGGGAUAGCUUUAGCGGGGGCUGGGGAAAGCGAGCUGCCUGGAAUAACCUGGGUGGAUCCUGGGGCAAGCGAAACGUUCUACUACCGGAGCUGCAGGACGGGUCGGACGCAUCGGAUAAUUUGCAGCAUUUCAUUAGUGCGAAUUACAAAGUAUCUCAGCCAAAGAGCACAGCAGCGUCUGACCAGCUACAAGCGAAGAAAAGAAAAGACUGGACCCAACUCAGUGGCGCUUGGGGGAAGCGCUCUGCAGACAAGACGGCGUGAUGGGAGCGGCUCUUUAGCCGCGGUCGGCGCGAUAAUGUCGCGACGUCACCGAUGACAUCACGUGCCGUCCGCACGCGUGUGACGUCGCAGCGACGUGCCCCGACGCGGCGUCCGGCGGCGCGCGGGCUCCGUGUCCGCUUAGCGUGUAGGGCGACCGCCGACGGAGCGCCAGCAGCCCGGGCACCGGCCAGCGAAAGUGCCCGGCCGUACGACCCGUGUUCGGCAACGGCCCGCGAUGACAACGCAAGCGGGAUUGGCCGCGCCGCGCGCCGCUGAUUGGUCCGCGCUCUUCGUGACGCCGUGACGUGUUUUAGUGGGGGAGCCGUUUGGGCGGGAUGUAACGGGUCGCCCUGCGUCUGGAUGAUUAUAUCCGUGCAUAGUUUCAUAUAUUGCUCUCGUUAAGGUGUCCAAACUGAAACUCGAGCCUUGUUUUGGUUGCUCCAUGUGAUCGGUCUACUAGGUAUUUACCUUAUGCAUUUCGAAAUAUAUGCACAUCAUUUUGGAGCAUG